CCGGGUUAUCCCGGUCCGGGCUCUCUUCCCAGCGCCCCGCGAGCGCGCGCCGCCUUUCUCCGUGGCCCAUGGGGAUGUCCUCGCCGGAGCCUCUGCCGGGCCGGAGCUGCUGUCGCUGGCUGCCCGCGGGGUGGAGGACGGGGUGGGAUCUGAAGGAAUCCAAAUCCCCAUCCAGAAAACCGAUAACAGGGCAAGAAACGUGCUGGACCUGGAGCCCGGGUGCCCCAUUUCGGAAGGGAAACCAACCCCGGCAGCGCGUCGCUGGGGCGUCCCGCGGGGGCGCAAGGCCAGCUUCGCGGCGGGGUCGCGGGGGUUGGCGUUAUUCCCCCGCGUGCGCGUGGCUUUCCCGGAGGAGCGAAGCUGAGGAACGUGGGAUCGUGCCGUGCCGGCGAUUCGUGGCCCCCGGAUCGGAGCGGACGGCGUGCGCGGGAGGGGCGGCGCUGCGGUCGGUGGUUCCCGGCAGCGUGGUACCUCCCGAUUCCCGUGGAGCUGAAGCGUCAGCGCGGGCGACCAAACAGUUCCUAGAAGAGAUCAACAAGUGGACCGGCCAGUACAAUGUGUCCCCGCUUUCCUGGAACGUGGCCGUCAAAUUCCUCAUGGCCCGCAAGUUCGACGUGCUGCGAGCGAUCGAGCUCUUCCACUCCUACCGGGAGACGCGGCUGAAGGAGGGCAUCGUGAAGCUGAAGCCGCACGAGGAGCCGCUGCGCUCGGAGCUGCUCAGCGGGAAGUUCACCAUCCUGAGCGUGCGGGACCCCUCGGGAGCCUCCAUCGCCCUCUUCACCGCCAAGCUGCACCACCCCAGCAAGAGCGUGCAGCAUGUGGUGCUCCAGGCCCUCUUCUACCUGCUGGACAGAGCCGUGGAAAGUUUCGAAACGCAGAGGAAUGGCCUGGUGUUCAUCUACGACAUGGCAGGCUCGCAGUACACCAACUUCGAGCUGGACCUCAGCAAGAAGAUCCUCAACCUGCUGAAGGGCGCCUUCCCGGCUCGGCUCAAGAAGGUGUUCAUCGUGGGAGCGCCCAUGUGGUUCCGCGUGCCCUACUCCAUCAUCAGCCUCCUGCUCAAGGAGAAGCUGCGGGAACGGGUGCAGAUGGUGAAGAUGUCGGAGCUGAAGGAGCACCUGCCCCGCGAGUGUCUCCCCGAGUACCUCGGCGGGUCCCUCAAACUGGACCCCCUGAGCUGGAACUGCCGGUUCCUGCCGCAGCAGAACGGCCACCCCGACCCCCUCGACGAGCUCAUCCUGGUACCGCUGGUCUCCCCCAAGGACAACGGCUCGGUGCACGUCCCCGGGCCCAGAUCCCUCACCCUCCAGGAGCUGCUCGAGCACGUCACCCACAAGCAGAAGCGGGGCAUCUACGAGGAGUAUGAGGAUAUCCGGCGCAGGAGUCCCGCCGGGACCUUCAUCUGCUCUCUGGCGCCCUACAACCAGGAGAAGAACCGCUACGGGGACGUGCCCUGCCUGGACCAAACGCGCGUGAAGCUGGCGAAGCCGUACAGCCGCCCGGAGCUGACCGACUACAUCAACGCGAGCUUCAUGGACGGCUACAAGCAGAGGAACGCUUACAUCGGGACUCAAGGGCCUCUGGAGAACACCUACGGGGACUUCUGGCGCAUGGUGUGGGAGCAGAACGUCCUGGUGAUCGUGAUGACGACCCGGCUGGAGGAGGGCGGCAGGAGGAAGUGCGGCCAGUACUGGCCCCUGGAGAAGGAUUUCCAGGUGUGCUACGGGGCCCUCACCAUCACCAACCUGGGCGUGGAGAACCUCAACCAUUACAAGAAGACCACGCUGGAGAUCCACAGCUCGGAGACCCGGGAGCGGCGCCUGGUGUCCCACUUCCAGUACCUGAGCUGGCCGGACUACGGCGUGCCCUCGUCCGCCGCCACCCUCAUCGACUUCCUGGGGGCCGUGAAGCAGCAGCAGCGGGUGGCCGUGAGCGCCCUGGGGCCCCGCUUCAGGGGCCACCCCGGCGGCCCCCCCGUCGUGGUGCACUGCAGCGCCGGCAUCGGCAGGACAGGGACCUUCUGCGCGCUGGACAUCUGCCUGGCGCAGCUGCAGGACGUGGGCACGCUCGACGUGCAGCAGACGGUGCUGCGCAUGAGGACGCAGCGCGCCUUCAGCAUCCAGACGCCCGAGCAGUACCACUUCUGCUACGCCGCCAUCCUGGAGCACGCCCAGCGCCAGGGCCUGCUGCCCGCCCGCCGCGCGCCCGGCCCCCAGGAGCACAGCGCCCCGGGGCACUGAGGGCCGCCGCCUCCCCGCUCCCCAGCCCGGCGGCUGCGGCGGCGCCCCGAGGCUCCGUUAUCCCCCCCGGACUGUGCCUUACUCCACCCGAGCGGCGGCCGCCACGCGGGAAGAGGCUUUCGCCCCCCUCCGGGGCGCUCCCACGGCACGGGGGGGUCGGGCGCUCGGGGAGGUGGUUUUCUCCUUUCGUUCGUUCGUCUUUUUUCGGUGGGACCAUCUGCAUUUUACCCGGGGAGGGGCUCGGCUCCGCUGCGAAGCCCUCGCAAACGUAUUUCCAGUGCCGCCCUCACCCGGGGCUGGGGAAGAGGCGCCUACUUCAGUCUUACCUGCCCCCAGCCCGCCUGUCUCUCUGGAUGUGUGUACAUAAUGUAGGCUUGCUGUGCCCGGCGUCGGCGGUUAUAGAUACCUAUGUACGAGCACCCGGCCGCGCGGGUCCCCAUCGCGCUGCCACCCAGCCACUGCCGGAGCAGCCGGCUCUACCUGGGCCUCCUGAAUUUUAUACUGUAAUAAGCUCUUUGAAUGUGUAUAUUCUUAUUUUUUUAUAAUCUGGAGGGAGGAUGGUUUUUGGUUUUUUUGGUUUUUCUUUUUUUUUUUUUGUAUUUAACAUUAACUUGCUCCAAGCCAGAGCCAGAAGUAUUUGUAAAUGUUCCUGUCUGCCGUUGGGCAGAGAAACGGUUUUGUUGUUGUUGUUUUGGGGGUUCGUUUCGUUACGUUUUCAUUUGUAUCGGCACCUCUAACCGUACCGCACGCGCACAGUCCUCUCCCCUCCCGUGGGGUACGGGCGCGCGGAGGGUGUUUCGGGUCCCUGGCACCUCGCAGCAUCCUCGCGAUGGGGUUCGGGCCUGGUGUCGUGCCGCCGUUAAGGAAGGCGGAGGGGUUUUGUCCCGGACACCAGGUUUAGCAGCUCACAGUCUUCCUCUUGGCGCCGAAGGCGUUGCUGGCGCCCGAGGCUGGACGCAAAGCUGGCAGCCCCGGCGGGGUUUGCAUGGGGGGCAGCAACAGCGGGGAGCACUUUUGCUGCCCUUUGGGGUGGUGGGGCUUAAAAGCAGCUUUGCAGCCCCCAGUCCCCCCGCGCAGCAUCACUUUGUUUUGCUUGGUUGGUUUUUUUGUGUCCUGAGCCGUAGGUGCCGUGUGCAGGGACAAGGCUGGCGCGGAGGUAGUUGGGCCGGUGGCGGCUUUCCUGGGCAGGCGCGAUGGAGGCGAAGGGAAGGGGAGGCGGCGGGCCGGGCUGCGCCGGGAGCGGGGGCCUCGCUGAGUGGCUCCCGUGCCCCUUGGAGCGGCGGGAGCACCGGCUCGCCGCUGAUCCGGAUGCUGUCUGCAGCAUGAGGGUGCUCGCCUGUUAAUUAAAAAAAAAACAAACAAAUAAACUUGAUCCCGUUGCUGCUCCAUGUAACGCUCAAGUGAUGGUAGCGGAAAUUAAAGGAAAGGAGUCAUUCUGCG